AUGUUAAGUAAAAUAUUUAAGAUUACGCUAUCUGGAAUUGGUGUCCUUUGCCUUCCCAUAAAGGGAAAAUAUAAGAAAUGAAAACAACGGAAGCAGACGGGGUGGGAGGCACUUGGUUGGGCGCGCAAAUUGUAAUAAAUUUGUCCGGUGGUCAAAAGUACGAAGAUGUGCGAUAAAAUGUAUGUUAAUUAAUGAGUUAUCAGUACCCACGUAUUAUCUAAUUCCAGAUAAUUGCAGAGUGAUGAUAUGAAUUGAAAGUAAGGUUAUAAUUUAAUCAGUAGUUUACGAGAUUUCUCCAAAUUUAUACUUCCUGAAUACGAAUUAAAUUAAAACUGGGUCAAACUCCGUUAAUUAUUUCUUCCCUUUACUAAAAUGUCGGUGUCUAUAGUUAAUAAUAUUGUAAUUGGCCCUGAAGAGGUGUUCAUUCCAGCUCAUUUAUCAUUUGGACAGUUCAUGUUCGAUAAAUUAAAGGAAGGAGGAAACAAUGUUGCUCUGGUGUCCGCAGAAACACAUGAGACUAUUACAUACAUAGAAUUACUAAAGCAAAGUGUUGAUCUAGCCGUUGCCCUUAAAAAGCUUGGGCUGAAGAAAAAUGAUGUUGUGGGUAUCAGCUCUGAGAACAGAAUUGAGUUCAUGGUGACAGUGCUUGCCAUAGUUUUUUGUGGUGGACAACUUUCUUUACUUAAUUUUACUUACACACCAGAGGAAGUGACACAUUUAAUAAAUAUGGUUAAACCAAAAUUUAUAUUCGUCUCGCCUAUUUCUGCCCAAAAUAUUUAUGAUACAUGCCAAAAUGUAUCAUUUGUUGAAAAACUUAUAAUGUUUGGGGAGUAUGAUGUUGUGCCUUCAACAAUGUACAAUAACUUAGUAAAAGAAAGUGUUAAUGUCGAUGGAUUUGUGUUGGAAGAUGUGAAUGGGAAAAAUGACACUCUGGCAAUAAUGCUCUCUUCAGGCACCACAGGGUUACCCAAAGGUGUCAUGCUAACUCAUGUAAAUUUACUAACAUCAAUAGCUCAUAUGAAAUACUAUUUCAAUACAUCAAUGAAGAUGUACAAUUAUCAUAUGAACACUGCGAUGACAUUGAUUCCAUGGUUUCACGCUUAUGGUUUCAUCACAACAAUAACUGGGAUGAUAGAACAUAUUAAAACUGUGUUUCUAGUGCGUUUCGACCCUCAACAGUAUUUAGAAACAAUUCAAAACUACAAGGUUAACAUGACUACAAUAGUUCCACCUAUAGCAGUUUUCCUUGCUAAAGAUCCCCUAGUUUUGAAAUAUGAUCUUUCUUCACUGAAUGAAGUUUGGUGCGGAGCAGCUCCCCUGUCCAAAAAUAUACAAAAUGCUAUUUCUGCAAGGACUGGUUUACGUCGCAUAAAAAAUGGGUAUGGGCUGACAGAGGUGACAAUGGGUGUGUGCCUGGAUUAUAUGGAACACAACAAGCCAGGCACUUGCGGUCAGCCCGGCCCUGGGGUGCGGUUAAAGGUUGUGGACAUAGAUAGCGGCGCGAAGUUGGGCCCGGGGCAGGAGGGCGAACUGUGCGUCAAGUCAGUGUUGCGAAUGAAGGGGUACGUUGGCGACGCGGCAGCCGAAGGAGAAGCCUUAUUCGACGACGAGGGAUUCGUUCACACCGGCGACGUAGGCUACUACGACGAAGACGGGUACGUUUACAUCGUCGAUCGGCUCAAGGAACUCAUCAAGUAUAAGGGAUAUCAGGUUGCCCCGGCACAGUUAGAAGCGUUGCUACUGAAGCAUCCGGGCGUGGCUGAUUGCGGGGUAGUUGGAACGCCAGACGAAAUGGCCGGCGAAUUGCCCACCGCCUUUGUGGUGUUGCAACCCGAUACUAAACUCAGCGAACAAGACCUCGUCGACUAUAUCGCCUCCAAGGUAUCACCUACAAAGCAUUUACGAGGUGGUGUUCGUUUCAUAGACGAAAUUCCGAAAAACCCAUCGGGGAAAAUUCUGAGGCGCCUGUUGAAGACAAUGGUACAAAAACCAAAGAGUAAACUUUAAACCAAAUCAAAAUACAUUAAAUAUUAUUUUAUUAAGUAUUGAUCACAAGUCCUGAUUAAAUUAUCUAAUUGUAAUUUUGAUUGACAUGAUUUUUUGACAAAUAGUAUUUGUUAUUUAUUGUUAAGUUAAUAAGUAAGUCAGUCUUGUACUUAGUUAUUCCUAGCAGUUAGCUUCAAUACUUCGUGAUAAUGUUUACGUUGCUUCAUGGAGAAUAACUUGUACGAAAAAAGCAUCAAGGAUUAAUCGAAAGAGCAUGCAAACAACACUUAAUUCUUCAAUUUUAAACUGUACAUGAUUAAAGUGUUACCUGAGAGUUUUCAAGUCACGAUUGUUCCAGAUAUGAUCUGAAACAAUUAAAAUAUUUCGUAGAUAUGUACAAGCGAUUGCCAAUUAUAAACAGUGAUUUAGUGAAAUAAAAUGCCUGUUUAUUGCUUUUAUACAUUUAUUUACAUAAUAAACUUUUUAUUUUACAAAAUUGAUUUUUAUGAACCUUAUUUAGGGAUAUAUGGUAUUCAAGUUUUUUUUCUAUCCUGACCUUACUUUACAAUAGUAAAAUUAUAAGAUAUCUUUUCACACAGCAAAAUGUAUUUCAGUAAACAUUGGAUGGUGUAAAUAAAAAAUAAAUUGAGUAGAAUGAACUAGGUACAGUACGCUGGCCAGUGGUAAUGACGUCAUGAUUUCGACGCUAUAUUGCACUGGUGUAGUAAUAGUGUUGUCAAUAUGGCGUCGAAAUCAUGACGUCAUUACCACUGGUCAGCGUACUGGUGUUUGAUUCGGAAUACACCCAAUAUGAUGCUAUCAUCUGUUAUUUAUUUGCUAGCGCUUCUUUCAAUUCUUGGGGUAUUUUACUGAUUGCGUAUUUGUGAAGAUCAUCAUUGACAGCAGCUAGAACGCCCAUUUUGUUCGGUCUAGAUUCUGAAGCACCAUACUUGUAGAAAUUACCAACAAUGUCAGUCAGUUUGCCGCCUGCAGCAGAGAGUAUUGCCUCAGGGCCACAUGUGUCCCAUUUCUUACAUCCAGGACUAGCAAAUACAUAUACGGACGCCUGCCCUUCCAAUACUUGUAACCUGCCCCACCAACUCGCAGGAUUUGUGAAGCUUCCAUGACUUGCAAAGCUUUUUCAACAAGAGGGUUAGAAUGACUUCUUGUUGUAGUAAUAAUCAAAGAGUCUGGGGGUGCGGCAGAUGAAAAACCGCCCACGCCAGCUUCUUGCAGCCCCCAUAUUGUUCUACCCAAUUUUUUUUCACCAUCCACAAUUGAUUUAUAAUAUGGUUGGUGGAUCACACCUGCUACAGGUUUUUCAUUAACAGCUAUUCCAAUUAAUACUGUAACAUGUUCUAAAAACC